GAGUGACGUGCAUCCUUGCGGAAGUGACGGCAGUUCCUAGUCCAGUGGGGCGGUGGGAGCGGUUUAAUGAGGGGUCGGUCUGAGACGGUGGGAGCGGUUGUGUGAAGAUGGAGUUUCCCGGAGGAAAUGACAAUUACCUGACGAUCACAGGGCCCUCGCACCCCUUCCUGUCAGGGGCCGAGACAUUCCAUACACCAAGCUUGGGUGAUGAGGAAUUUGAAAUCCCACCUAUCUCCUUGGAUUCUGAUCCCUCACUGGCUGUCUCAGAUGUGGUUGGCCACUUUGAUGACCUGGCAGACCCUUCUUCCUCACAGGAUGGCAGUUUUUCAGCCCAGUAUGGGGUCCAGACAUUGGACAUGCCUGUGGGCAUGACCCAUGGCUUGAUGGAACAGGGCGGGGGGCUCCUCAGUGGGGGCUUAACCAUGGACUUGGACCAUUCUAUAGGGACUCAGUAUAGUGCCAACCCACCUGUUACAAUCGAUGUACCAAUGACAGACAUGACAUCCGGCUUGAUGGGGCAUAGCCAGUUGACCACCAUUGAUCAGUCAGAACUGAGUUCUCAACUUGGUUUGAGCUUAGGGGGUGGCACCAUCCUGCCACCUGCCCAGUCGCCUGAAGAUCGUCUUUCAACCACCCCCUCACCUACUAGUUCACUUCAUGAGGAUGGUGUUGAGGAGUUCCGGAGGCAACUUCCCGCCCAGAAGACAGUGGUGGUGGAAGCAGGGAAAAAGCAGAAGGCCCCAAAGAAGAGAAAAAAGAAAGAUCCUAAUGAGCCACAGAAACCAGUUUCUGCAUAUGCUUUAUUCUUCCGUGAUACCCAGGCUGCCAUCAAGGGACAGAAUCCCAAUGCCACUUUUGGAGAGGUUUCAAAAAUUGUGGCCUCCAUGUGGGAUAGUCUUGGAGAGGAGCAAAAACAGGUGUACAAGAGGAAAACUGAAGCUGCCAAGAAAGAGUAUUUGAAGGCCCUGGCUGCUUAUAAAGACAACCAAGAGUGUCAGGCCACGGUUGAAACAGUGGAACUGGAUCCAGUGCCACCAUCACAGACUCCUUCUCCACCUCCUAUGGCUACUGUUGACCCAGCAUCUCCAGCACCAGCUUCAACAGAGCCCCCUGCCCUGUCUCCUUCCAUUGUUGUUAAUUCCACCCUUUCAUCCUAUGUGGCAAACCAGGCAUCUUCUGGGGCUGGAGGUCAACCUAAUAUCACCAAGUUGAUUAUUACCAAACAGAUGUUGCCCUCUUCUAUUACUAUGUCUCAAGGAGGAAUGGUUACCGUUAUCCCAGCCACAGUGGUGACCUCGAGAGGGCUUCAACUAGGUCAAACCAGUACAGCUACCAUCCAACCCAGUCAACAAGCCCAGAUUGUCACACGGUCAGUGUUGCAGGCGGCAGCAGCAGCUGCUGCUUCUAUGCAACUACCUCCACCCCGACUACAGCCCCCUCCAUUACAGCAGAUGCCUCAGCCCCCAACUCAGCAGCAAGUUACCAUUCUGCAGCAGCCACCUCCACUCCAGGCCAUGCAACAACCUCCACCUCAGAAAGUUCGAUUUAAUUUACAGCAACAGCCACCUCCUCUGCAGAUCAAGAUUGUGCCUCAACCCACCCUGAAAAUGCAGACUACCGUAGUCCCACCACCUGUUGAAAGUAGUCCUGAGCGGCCUAUGAACAACAGCCCUGAGACCCAUACAGUGGAAGCAACUUCUCCUGAGACAAUCUGUGAAAUGAUCACAGAUGUAGUUCCUGAGGUUGAGUCUCCUUCUCAGAUGGAUGUUGAAUUAGUGAGUGGGUCUCCUGUGACACUUUCACCCCAGCCUCGAUGUGUGAGAUCUGGCUGUGAGAACCCUCCCGUUGUGAGUAAGGACUGGGACAAUGAGUACUGCAGCAAUGAGUGUGUGGUGAAGCACUGCAGGGAUGUAUUCUUGGCCUGGGUAGCAUCUAGAAAUUCAAACACAGUGGUUUUUGUGAAAUAGUCUUAACUGUUCUGUUCUCCAAGCAAGUGAAGAUUUAUCUGCUGGAAACAUGUCCAAGAGCCUGUUUUUGAAGCACAAGCUAAGCUUCUGGCAGUGCCUCAUUUCAACCUAUGAUGGCCCUUCAUAUUUUUCCCUUUUGUCCCAUCAGAGGCCAAGCUAUGGAGUGAGGGCCAUUGAAUUUGCUAUACUCUGGAAUUGCUUUUUACUUUCUCAACUGUAAGCAGAAAUACCAGUGAUUAAUAGCUGAGGAAAAGGUGAAGGGAGUUGGACAAGCAAAACAAUAGAUGAUGUAGGGGUGGUGGUGGUGGGGGGGUUAUUUGAGGAAAUCUGUUGAUAUAAUUGUCAUAGGACUUAUAUAAAAUAUUAAAAUGAUGAGAAAGUACUGAGCUUUGAGCCUAGCAGAAAGCUGUGUGGUUCCAUUUUAAAAAGGAUAAGAUACUGCAUUAAAGGUUCCCACUUACACAGGGAACUGCUACUAUUAAUUACAUCAAUGUGUUCUGAGAAAAAAGGUGUUCAGCACAGGCACAUUGGGCUGCAGGGUAAAUGACAUUUCCCAGGAGUUUCUUACUUAUUUCUCUUUAUAAAUAAUGUUCCUGUAGUCAACAUAUCCUUCCUUAUUUGAAUUGGCAUUACAGCUUGUAAGUGAAACAGGCAGAACUCCAUGUCCACAAAUUAAUAUGAGGUUUCACCUGGGGGACCAACAGUUGGCAUAAUGGCUGUGUUGCUGGACUCCCAUGUAGUUGACUGUGGAUUGAGUACUGGACCCAGUGGCUUAAACUCACACCA